AUGCUCACACUCAAGCCUGAUGACAUCCCCAUCUACAAGAUCGACAUGGGCAAGCCUGCUGAAAAGCGCUACAUUAAGCUCGCCAAAGAUCUUGCUCCCAAGAUAAGAGAAGUGAGCCCCCUCUUUGAUGAGGUGAUUGAGGCGAUCUUCCCACAGGGCCUGUCUGGCUUUGCCAAGUUUACUUCCCGGUUUACCCUCCGCAAGGUGUUUGAUCCUGAGCAGACCAAGGAGAUCAAGUCCAUCGCUGAGGUCGCUGGCGUCCCCGCUCACCAGCUCAUGGCACUCAAUACCUUUCUUGACCUGAUGCUUGGUUGCACAUCUGGAGCUGCCUUAGUCCGGGGUGACUCCGAGCGCAAGGCUGUUGAUGGCGAUCCUGACCGUCUGAUGCACUUUCGGACUCUUGAGUGGGGCAUGGAUAUCCUGCGUGAUAUCCUUGUCAUCAUUGAAUAUGUCGAUACGAGAAAUGGCUCGAAUGAGGUGAUUGCCAGAUCAGUCACCUAUGCCGGCUUUGUCGGCAUGCUGACUGGUGUCCGCAAAGGCCUAUCAGUCUCUCUCAAUUUCCGCCCAAACUAUGAGUGUGGUGCAGGCUGCCUUAUGAAGCACCGAAUUAAGGUCCUUUUUGGCUUGCGCGAGUCUGUCCCCUCGAUGCUCCGCCGUAUUAUCCUCAAUGAGGAUAUCUCCACCAAGAAUGCCAAUGCCUAUGAUACCAAGAACUCCAAUCCCCCUGAGGACAGCAAAAAGCUCACUCUCAUCAGGUCCAUCGGCAAGAAGCUUGCCUCUUCCAAGGCGUCGCCCUGCUACCUGACCCUCUGCGAUGGCAGAGAGGUAGUGAACAUCCUUAAAGACCUUCGUGACGGCAAGAUCAAGACGAGCAGUGUCUUUCAGAUUCAGUGCAAUCAUGACCCUGACCAUCGACACUGCUGUGGCCGCAUGACUGUACGCCACAGCGCCGACCCUAUCCAGGCAAAGCUCAUGGAAUCUGAGGACUGGAUCGAGGCGUCUGCAGAUCGUCAGAAUGCCUUCCAGGAUAAGUGGAUUGGACAUGUCCGAGGUAUCACCAACGGAAAUGACAUCACCUGGGCCAAGCAGAAUAGUUGCUGCACGGAUCUGGAGCUUGAUGCCGAGGCCAGCAAAUCUGGCGAGAUGACUGGGGUUGAUGAGGCCAGACUACGCAACUGGAUCGCUACCUAUCCUACCACCAACGAGUCGACUCACUUCAUGUGCAUCAUGGACCCUCUGACUGGUCAGAUCCGCUGGAUCUCUCGUGGCCCUGACCCUCUCGCAAUGUUUGAGUUCGGCGACGAAAUGUAG